AUGUCCGUGAAGUCUACUGAUACCUCUUUUCUUGCUCUGGCGCUGACCGCUGCCAUCACUGCCGGAAUCACUCAUUGGUGGACGAGACGCCUAGAAGAGCAAAAGGUAUUGAAAGAGAAGAAACAGAUCUAUGAUAGGGAGCUGCUGAUCAAAAGCAAAACACUGGAAGCCAGAAAAUUGACUGGAGAACCAGCCGGGACUGUUAUUGAGGAUUUGACGAUUGAUAAAGUCUUCCUAUGGGAGGUAGAAGACUUGAAGAAGCGGUUUUCCUCGAGCGAAGUCGACAACGAAAUGAAGAACGUACCUUCAUCCAACACGAACCCCUACUUUUUUCCUACUCUCAAUGUAGCUCCUAAAAAAUUGGAAGAGGCAAAAUCGAACCAGCACGCUACGCCAACUGCUUACAACAAGCUGAUCACUAAUCAUGAAUGCAUCGUUGCUGAUAUUGUGCGUAAGCCGAACAUGAAGACCUACACGCACGCAUAUGUCAGAGCUGGUCCCCGAGCGAAGCUUCACUUUGAUCCAAAAACAGUAAAUGCAGCUAUUAUUACUUGUGGCGGUUUGUGCCCUGGCCUGAACAAUGUGAUCCGGGAAAUAGUUUGUACUCUCUGUCAAUUAUAUGGGACUAAUGGCAGUGUUUACGGCUUAACAGGAGGAUAUCGUGGGUUUUAUGACCCAGCCUACCGCCCGAUCAAACUGACUCCCGAACUUGUUCAAAAUAUCCACCAUGAGGGAGGCACGGUUCUUGGCUCUUCCAGAGGAGGGUUUGAUUUGGAAAAAACCCUUGAUUUUCUCGAGUCGAAAAAGAUAUCUCAACUCUUUGUCAUUGGUGGAGAUGGAACGCACAGAGGUGCUUUUAGAAUCCAUGAGGGUUGCAUGGAGCGUGGAAUGAAUGUGGCUGUUGCUGGCAUCCCGAAAACAAUUGACAACGAUGUCGAUUACAUUGAUCACUCAUUUGGAUUCUCAAGUGCCGUUGAGGCUGCGCAAGUAGCCAUACGCGCGGCCAAGACCGAGGCAAUUUGCAAUAUGCCAAACGGUAUUGGAGUUGUAAAGUUGAUGGGAAGAUCCGCUGGGUACAUUGCUGUUCAUGCGACCAUGUCUUCAGGGGACGUUGAUCUUUGUCUUGUUCCCGAAGUUCCAACAGUACUCGAGGGAGAACUCGGAUGUCUUCCACAUCUUCGCAGACGUGUCAAAGACCAGGGUUACGCUGUGGUGGUAGUGGCCGAAGGUGCAGGAGAAGAUGUGCUUGGCGUAUCGGCAGAAACCGAUGCCAGCGGAAAUAAAAAGUUGCCACCAAUCGGAGAGUUCAUGAAGGCGCAAAUUGAAGAAUACUUCAAGAAACAGGAUGACGUAGCUACAGUAAAGUAUAUUGAUCCUUCCUACACAGUGCGAUCAGUUCCUGCAAAUGCAGCUGACAGUCUAUAUUGCAUGCAACUUGGGCAAAAUGCGGUCCACGGAGCUAUGGCAGGGUUCACUGGAUUUUCUGUUGGUUUGUGUAACAAUCGAAUGGUUUUCCUUCCAAUUCCUCAACUUGUUGCAACAUCUCCUCGCUCCAUGAACCCACGGGGAAGGACGUGGGAGCGCGUUCUUGCGCUUACUCGACAACCUAAUACUGUUGCAAAAUUGAACGAAAAUGCUUCUGUCGAAAAUGUACAGCCAACACUACGUUAA